ACGACGUAAUCAUAUGUUUGCUGAUUUUUGUAAAAGAUUUAGCCGUCCAUGGAUUAGAGAACAUUUAGGUUGAAUGAUUGUUGUUACUUUCUAUGGUGAGUCAGGUGUAGAUCAGGGAGGUUUAAGAAGAGAAUUUUUUUCUGAUGCCAUGGAAAAAGGAAAGCAACAACUGUUUGUAGAGAGUGAUGAUGGUUACAUUCCUCGUAUCAACUGUUACGGAGAUAUAGACAAUGAAACAUUUAAAUUGUAUGGCGAAUUAAUGGCAUCUUUAAUUGCGAUGACUGGUCCUGCUCCAAACUACUUCGCAAAAUGGGUUUACAAAUAUUUUAUACAUAAAACUAAAAAGAAGAUGAAAAAGAAAUGGAUAAUUUUUUAUUUAAUUUUUUUAUGACAAGAGUUUACAUUAGCU